AUGGUUUCCAUCCGCGGAGUCUUCACCUCAGCCGUCGCGCUCCUCGCCGUGCCAGCCCUCGCGGCCGUCACGCCCGCUGAGCUGGUCAAGAACCUCCAUCUACUAACCCAGCAGUCAAAAGCCCUGCAGGGCCCCGCGCAAAGCAUCAACCUCGUCAACACGCCGUUGAUUCUCAUCGGCCAGGGGCCGUACCCGAUCGUCAUUGCCGGGCUCAACAACAUGACGCAGACGGCGACGGCUGACAUCAGUACGAUGCAGGGCAGCGCGCCGGUCACGGCCAGCCCCGACGCCGUUGCCAUUGCGGGAGCUUUCAGAAACUUCGUACAAACACACGUAGGCCUCCUCAAAAUCUUGACAGGCAAGGCCGGGCUUCUCGAUAGAAUUCCGAUUGGCGAGCCAGUGGUCCAGACUCUGGAGGCGAACCAGAAUGUCCUUGACGCCGGCGGAUUGAGCCCCGUUGACUCGAUCCAGUCCGCGGCCGACCGGAACCAGAUUGCUGCUGACCGCAAGUCGCUUGAGUCGGCCUUUCAGGCGGCCAUCAGCGCCUACAGAGGCAUUGCUGGGCCGACCAAGCGCCAUGUCCGCGACCUCUCUGCGUAAACAGGAUAUGACGGGUUGGCAGCACUUGACACGAUCAGGGCCGUUCAAAGGCGAGGGCCCGGAGUGGAAGAGGGGGGAAGCAGUCGUAAUUUACGGACUUGGGCGUUGGAAG